CAUCGAAUUGUCACUCAACCGGCCUCAUAGCAGCCAUGGACCCGACCCUGUUCCGCUGCUUUCCUUUCGGAAGCCACCCUCCGAAAUGAAACGACUUACCAAAUGCAACGAAAAAACUCUUCCAAGCGACUUCUUGCCGCCUCCAGGGUGCGAUCAGAAGAGGCAAAGGCGAGUCACAUCUGCGUGAGUAAUCGCGUCGGUUGACAUUACGCCGGCCGCCUGAAAUUUGCGGCCUCUUUGGCACAAACCCUUGCAACACUUGAUCCGCUCUGCAUUUUCGGUGUCGGACAUGCAAUUGUGGUAGUAGUUUGGUUGAAUUUCCACGUAAAAGUAAGUGGCGGCGUUUCACCGAAGCCCGACGGACGAAUCUGUGUUGGGUGGUCCAAGUUUCAAUCUCCACAGUGUGUCCGUGCGCAGCGGCGCAGCGCUUAAGAAGGGGAGUCCACCGAAGAGUUGCAGGUGGGGACCCUUUUCGGAUGAAUGGGUUGUGCCUCCAGACUCUGCUCCCUCCAUCGGCGUUUGACCGGCAGUGCCGUCCUUCUGUCUCCUCUUCCUCGCAAGACCCCCUGGCCUGCUGCUCCGUCAUCGUCUCGACCACCGUUGCUGUUGCCUAUUCGCAACAGGAGCAAUCUCUUCACCGUGAAGCCAACGGCGGCGGCGACGCCCUUUCUUGGGCUGAGGGCCUUGUCCACCUUCUCCGCUGCGGGUGUUGAUGUCAGCGAGCACCAAAGCUCCUUCUCUCACAGACAACAGGAUUCUAUGGUCUCGGAGUUUUCGGAGCAGAUUUACAUUCCCGUCAAAGCAUACUUUCUUUGCACCAGCUUCGAUUUAAAGAAUUUGCAAGCGGAGAACGCAUACAAUGUUAUCCCGCCUGCUUCACGCUCGUCAAAUUAUUUGGUCCUUAGAUUUUGUGAUAUCCCUCCUGAAGUGGCUGGCUUUGGAGUCUUGGAGAACGGAGAAUGCUACCGUUAUAUGGUUGUGUUCCAAUAUGGAUCUGCUGUGCUUUUUAACAUUGCUGAUAAUGAUGUGGAGAGAUAUUUAGAACUUGCUAGAAGGCAUGCUUCCGGGUUGCUGCCAGAGAUGCGGAAGGAUGAUUAUGCUGUCGUGCAGAAGCCACAACUGGAGACGUGGAUGCAAGGUGGGCUUGAUUAUAUAGUCCUUAAAAACCUAGACAUUGAUGGGAUCCGUAUUAUUGGGAGUGUUCUUGGCCAAAGUAUUGCUCUUGACUACUUUGUUCGGCAGGUUGAUGGUAUGGUCGAAGAAUUUACUGACAUUAAUCGCGGAAUGGAGAAGACAGGCACCUUUACUAUGCAGAGGAAAAAGCUUUUCCAACUUGUUGGAAAAGCCAAUUCAAAUCUAGCUGAUGUUAUUCUCAAACUUGGUCUUUUCGAGAGAUCAGAAAUAGCAUGGAGAAAUGCAAAUUAUGCACAGAUAUGGGAGUACCUACGGGAUGAAUAUGAACUCACCCAGAGAUUUGGCAGCUUAGACUUCAAAUUGAAGUUUGUUGAGCACAACAUCCAUUUCCUUCAGGAAAUUCUUCAAAACAGAAAAUCAGAUUUCCUGGAGUGGUGUAUCAUUUUAUUAAUAAGUCUCGAGAUUGUGAUUUCUGUGUAUGAAAUCGUGUGGAGAUCCCCAAUUUCCCCACUGUGAAGCGAUCUCUCUACUUUCAGUUGGAAGCUUUAAAGCAAGCACAAGAGUGAAGUAUGGAGAUUUACUCAUUCUGUCAACAUUAAAUUCAAAAGCAAGUUCAAGAUCAAGAUGUAGAGCUAGAUGCAGUUUUGUUUCCUGCAGCCCAGCAUGCUGCUACAUUCUUUAUGAUGAAGCAAUGCUUCAUGGUGAAGACCAAAUAAUUGAAGUAUUGUGAUCACUGACAACUGGAUACGAGUUAUAACAGACAGUGGAAGAGAAAAGUGAGAUGCAUGGCAUUGUCUUUUGUGGAUGAAAUUAUAUGUCGGCAAGUUUAUCGAAUGUUAUUAAUUGAAAAGUGGAACACUUUUUGGAGGCACUUCACAUAAAUUAAAACAUAAUUGUGUAUUUUUUUCCCUUA